GUUUCUUGGUGUAUUAAAGGCGCCUUGACUCAGUCUACGCGAUAUCUUCGACCUGUACGCAGCCAGACGCUGUAUUCUCGUGUUUAUUUAUUUUUAUUCGUCUCAAUAUGAGAAUCAAAAUAACACCGAACAUGUUUUAACUCGUCGGCAAUUAUCGAAUGACAUGCGUGUACCAAUGACGUCAAAAAUGGACGAAGAGGAUAGUGAACCCUCAAGAUAUGGGCAACCGAUUAAAGAAUUUAUGGUUAAUAAUUCUAAGGUUCGUACCGGAAUGGUGAACGUCAGCGAUGGUAAAUCGUUACCGGUCACGAUGCGGCUGUAUUUAACGGUGGACGAGUUACAUUUGCAAAAACAAGAAAUGUGUCAAGUGGAUAUGAAUUCAUUAGAAGGCGAAGAGGAUACGCCGAGUGAAAACGAAAUUAGAAUAGUGAAAAUAGUUCGAGACGAAAAAACCGGGCUCGGUUUAAGUAUCAAAGGAGGUGCCGAGCACAACUUACCCAUAAUGAUAUCCCAAAUAUUCAAAGACCAAGCGGCCGACAAAACAGGCAAAUUAUUCGUAGGAGACGCCAUUAUAAAAGUAAAUGGAGAGAUGAUCGUACAUUGUACCCACGACGAAGCUGUCAAUAUCCUUCGAAAUGCCGGCGAUCUGAUUAUGCUCACGGUGAAAUAUUACAGAGCAGCUACACCAUUUCUUAAAAAAGAUGAAAAAUCGGAAGACGAAUUGAAAAAUCAAACAGAAAACUCGACGACGAACUCAGUUACCAAUUCAAUGACUCUAACUUUGAGCAAAAAAUGGGUCGACGUUACAGUAGUACCACUUAGCAUGGGAUACGUGACAAGAUACAUUCACGGAACUGAUAAACUUCGACCGAAUGGCUUCGAAGUAUAUGGUUUGAACGGCGUUAAAUCCGGAAUUAUUUAUUGCGAAACGCCAGCCAUUUUAUCGCAAUGGCUGAAAUAUAUUUCCGAUAAUAUCUCAGCUUUAUUACAACUAGAGAUUAGAAUGUACAAUCGGUACUGCUCGGCUGCUGAAAGGAUAGAAUUUAUGGGCUGGGUGAACGAAGGCAUGAGACAACAAGCGGCCAAAAUUAACAUAUGGAAUGCCUACGAAUUACGUUUCUUCGCUAUCAAAGGAGCUGAAGUCUAUUUCUUCAUUACACCGCCGCUGAAACCGGAAGAUUGGAGCGAAUGCGAUUCCACGUUCAAAACUUACGAAUCACAAUUAAAGAUAAUUAAGGAAACAGACGUUUACGACGAAAGGCAACAUUGUCUAUUAUUCACGGCUGUAGGAAGCGUAGUAAAAUAUUUAUCGGUCGAAACGAGGCAAGAAUUAUUGAAAAUGGAAUCAGCUUGGAAUUCGGCUUUAUGCGCGACAGUGAGAAGACUAGGGACAGUAAAAUACAACGUUAUGGCGGGCAAACCACGUACGCCGGCGGAAUUUCGAAUAGAUUGGAAUUACGGUUAUAGCCUUUACGAUACGCAAUCCAACGAGUGUAUUUGGAAAUAUCGGUAUUCGCAACUAAAGGGGUCUUCGGACGAUGGAAUAAGCUCUUUGAAAUUACUAUUCAGAGAUGAAAAAACCGGAGGAAUCGAAACCAGGGAAUUCGAAAGUUCCUCGUUAGAGCUUAUAUUAUACAGUAUGUUGGCAUUCGCCGGUUCCAAGUUCAGUUUGGUCGAUUCCAAGUAUUCGCAUCCGGUGUUUUAGAGUUUAGUAUUCGUUUUAUACUCGAUUAUUGUUACCUUUAUAUUACUUAACUUGUGUUAUUUCUCGUAUUGAAUGUUUAUCUAGGUAAAUUUGAGCGUUAACGACCGUGCAUUUUCAGCUUACACGUUCUCAUUUUUCACUUUUUUAAUCGUAAUCGUCGUUUUUACUCGCAGUAUCUUCGAUCGUUGAAGAUACUGUGUGCCUUCAUCGAUACGUUCUUUUCUCUCAAACGAAAUACUGAAUCGACCAACUCUAAUCACAUAUCGAAUUUUAUAGAGUGAAGUUACGUACUCUGAACAUUUAUUACUAAUGAAUAUAGAUAUUGAUAGUAAAAUGGCAGAAGAUACUUACGACACCAUGUGGCUCUAGAAUCCGUCGAAGUAGAGGAUCAUGAAACACUUGUUGCGAGACAGUUUAAGACACUUGGAGUUCGAAACGUUCGAUAAAAUGUUAAAAGAAACUAUAUAGAAUCGAUAAAAGUCAAUUAAUAACCCGAAAAAUUAGUUAAAACAGCAGAAUUACGCGAAUAAAGCAGCAUAACGCGAAAAAAUCAGAAGGGAAAUGAAAAACAAAAAUUUCUGCACGUUUUUGCUUUUUUGUUGCGUUGCAGUGUUCCCAACCUGAAACAUCAGGGAUUAAAAUUUGCAUUUUGAUUUUCGAAAAAAACUACAAAAAUCAUUUUUUUUGUACUUUUAAAUUGAAGUUGAUCAUUUUUAAGCUAAGAUUGAAUUUUGUUUCGAUAAAAGAUAAUUUAAAAUGAUGGAAAAUUGUUUCAAAAAGAAAUCAUUCAACAGGUUUGAAAAUCUGAAACUAGAACAUGUAAAAAUAUUUCGGAAUCGUAAUGUUACCACACUGAUAACAAAAACAUCUUUUUUUUCGUUUUUAUUUUGAUAAAAGUAAUCUCGUUAUUUUUUUAAUGAAAAUUAAUUAAUUACACGUAAUUAGGAAUGAUAAAUUAUUAAUUAUAAAUCAAUUAUAAAGAUUUUCAUCGUCACCACAUCUUUUCAUACACGUUUCGUUCAUCAAUUCAACGUAAUCUUCUGAAAAUUUUCAAUUCAAACUGUUCUAAUUCUAAGCAUCUUCAAUCUUCAUCAUUCUGUUCUCCUCUUCCAUUCAUCUUACAUCAUUUUAAACUCCAUUCUAUUGUAAAUUUUGUACCAUACUGCACUUUUCAAGAACUAAGUCUAAAUCUUAUUAAACAUCUCACUCAUUUAUUGGUUACAUCUUCGCACCAUCACGAUUUCCGAUGAUCUCUACAUUCUACAUUCAUCUUCAAACUAUAAAACGACAAUCUGCAUCACGAUGAAAAUGAAAUUCACAUAUCGUUAUAACAGCUUUUGGAAAAGGUCUUAUAUGCUCGUAAAAAAAAAAAGUCUUCAAUUACUAGAAUAGUUAAGGUAUCCGUAGGGUUGUGUGUAAAUCAAUUUUUCUCGUUACUUGUUGAAUUUUUUUUUUGUUUUCUACUUUGUUGCUGUUUUAGUUGGAAAAAAUUACCGCUCUAAGCACGUUUUUAUGUUUCAAAAUAUACUCAUUGUUAAUGUAUAAAUAAAUUAUAAUCACGUUA